AUGGAGCUGGAGAUGAGGCCUCAGCAAGGGGUCCCUGGUCCAGACAUGAGAUGGGACCAGAGACAAGCUACAAGGAACAAUGGAUCACUUGCUUGGUGCCAGAAUCAUAAACAAUGUUCAAAGUGCCUGGAGCCCUGCAAAGAGUCCUGGGACCUGAAGAAAAACCAUUGCCAAAGCUUUUGUGAGCCUCUUUUCCCCAAGAAGAAUUAUGAAUGCCUAACUAGCUGUGAAUUCCUUAAGUACAUCCUGUCUGUGAAGCAAGGGGACUGCCCAGCACCUGAGAAGGCCAGUGGUUUUGCAGCUGCCUGUGUUGAAAGCUGUGAAGCUGAUAGUGAAUGUUCCGGAGUGAAGAAAUGCUGUUCCAAUGGAUGCGGUCAUACGUGCCAAGUGCCAAAAAAUCUGUACAAAGGUGUUCCACUGAAGCCCCGGAAAGAAUUAAAAUUCAUAGAACUUCAGUCUGGAGACCUGGAGGUGAAGUGGUCUUCAAAAUUCAAUAUUUCCAUUGAGCCUGUGAUAUAUGUUGUUCAGAGGAGGUGGAAUCAAGGAAUCCAUCCAAGCGAGGAUGAUGCUACUAACUGGCAAACUGUGGCACAGACUACGGAUGAGCGGGUUCGGCUGCCGGACAUCCGAGCGAGCAGGUGGUACCAGUUCCGCGUGGCAGCUGUGAACGUGCACGGGACGAGAGGCUUCACGGCACCCAGCAAGCACUUCCGAUCCUCGAAAGAUCCGUCUGCUCCACCAGCUCCAUCUAAUAUCAGAAUUGCCAAUAUCAGUGCAAACAAUGAUGGGAGUGUAAAUGUAAUUAUUACUUGGGAUCUUCCAGAAGAGCCUGAUAUCCCAGUGCACCACUACAAAGUCUUCUGGAGCUGGACAUAUAGCAAAUACGUAAUCCCAGCUAAAAAAAAGAGAAGGAAGAUUACCGAUGGGGCCCAAAAUUAUGUGGUCCUGGAGGGACUCCAACCCAACAGCAACUACAAUGUAGAGCUGCAGGCAGUAACACGUUGGGGUCAGAUACGCCUAAAAAGUGCUAAGGUUUCUCUCCAUUUUAGCACGACUCAGGACACCAGGAAUAAUAAGGAACAGACAUCUUCUGCUGGGAAACCACAGAAAGGACUGGUAGAUCCUUACCCAACAUUUCAAAGAAGAAAACCCACUCGUUUUCUUAAAAUUGGAACUCCUUUCUAUCAGGACAAUCAACUUCAGGUCAAAGUCUACUGGAAGAAGACAGAUAUCAGCAUGAAUCAAUUCCAAGUCCACUGGUUACUGGAGUCCUGUGUACACAAUAACACCAAAGGACUUGGGAAAGUAACUGAGCUGACUUAUGAAAACUACAUGAUUCUGAAGGACCUGUCAUUUUCAUGCAAAUAUAAAGUAACGGUUUUGCCUGCAAAAUCUAAAGGUCGUUUUAAGGCUGAGAGUAUUUUCUUUGUUACCCCACCUUGCUCUGCAUUCAAAGAAAAAAACCACAAGCACAUUAAUUGUCCUGCUNNNNUAGUGCCAGUUCUACCCAAAGUGUUGGCCAAACCCGAGAAUCUAUCUGCGUCUUUCAUUGUCCAGGAAGGUAACAUCACUGGUCAUUUUUCCUGGAAGAUAUCUAAGGCAGACCUUCACCAGCCCAUGACAGGGUUUCAAGUCACUUGGGCAGAAGUAACCACGGAAAGCCGGCAGAACAGCUUACCCAACAGCAUAAUUUCACAGUCGCAGAUACUGCCAGCAGAUCAUUAUGUACUUACCGUGCCCAACCUGAGGCCAUCGAUGCUGUACCGUUUGGAAGUUCAAGUGCUGACAACUGGUGGGGAAGGGCCAGCUACAAUAAAAUCAUUCAGAACACCCGACCUUCCUCCAUUUUCACCCCACAGACCUCAUCUGAAGCAACAUCAUCCACAUCACUACAAGCCACCCCCAGAGAAAUAUUAG